AUGGCUCCAGGUCUAGUUGAUCCGCAAAGCUCAUCUGGCAAUGAGCAACCUUCGUCCGAUAUGCCGACGCUUUACAUGCUGGACACACUCCAUCCGGAAGCAGUGAAGCAUGCGCAGCAGCUUUUCAAAGUCGUGCUUCCCACAGAUCCAGAGAUCCAACAUUGGCGGGAGAAUGCGAGAUAUUUGGCCGUCAGAAGUUCCUACAUCACGGCCGCAGACAUUCAGGCCUGCAAACAACUGCGUGCUAUCGGCAAGCAAGGAGUGGGUCUUGACAAGGUCGAUGUCGAUGCGUGUAGGGAAGCCGGUAUCGAAGUCUUCAAUACCCCAGGGGUGAAUUCCAAAGCAGUAGCAGAGCUGGUCCUUGCUCUAACCAUGUCGGUGGCUCGCGAGAUCGGGUCGAUCAGAGUGCGCCAGAACCAAGGCGAGGUGGUUCCCAAAGAGACAUGUUCCGGCCUGCUGCUCAGUGGGAAGACGCUCGGACUCAUCGGCAUGGGCAACAUCAGCAGAUGCGUUGCAGACAUCUUCAGAGGCGCAUUCAAUGCAUCGAUCGUCGCCUACGAUCCAUUCGCGCCUGCGGAUGCCUGGAAAGACUUCGAACACAUCCGAGCAAAGAGCGUGACACAGGUUUUGGAGCCAGCAGAUGUCGUAUCUGUUCAUGUGCCGCUGACCAAGGACACGAGAGAUCUCAUCGCGCUGAACGAAAUGAAGAUGAUGAAGUCCACGGCCAUUCUGAUCAACGCUGCACGGGGCGGCAUCGUCAAUGAAGACGACCUGGCAACAGCCCUUGAGACUGGAACGAUUUGGGGAGCGGGUGUCGAUUGCCAUGAGGAGGAACCACCCACCAAGGCUAGAUACGAACGGCUGUGGUCAAACCCACGGAUGAUCUCUACACCGCAUAUAGGUGCUGCAACAUCGCAAACGCAGGUGGAGACAGCCAUCGCGGCAGUGGAUAGCGUAUAUCAGUACAUUAGAGGUCGAAAAAGGCAGUGA